AUGACGCGGAAUGAGGCCAUCGGCCGCCAUGGAUCGGUGGAGAGCUCGUGGAGUUCGCGCUCCGGCGACACGAUACGGCCCUAUGGACGCGCGGGCUCGCUGAGGGGCACCCCCGUCACCGUCAAAACGGAUAAGAAUCUCAAUUCGCGUGUCGACAGGGAGUCCGAGAUAUCGCCUGGCACCGUCCCCCCAGCUCCUCCGCCAAAGGACCCCUCGCACAAACCGCGCAAGCCUGCCAAUUGGGACAACCCCACGACCAACGCCCUUGGACAUCACCGAAAACAGCUGGCUGUCUUGGAGACUUCGGGAGGCCGAGUGCCGUCGAUAUCGCGAAACCCCCCCACCGCUUCGAGCACCAAUUCCCAAGUCGCGCCCUGGGCUAGUCCGCCUAACGGGGUCAACAUGGCCAACAGUGUCUGGAGCAGCUUCUUCAAUGACUCAAACGAGGACGUUUCGCAAUCGUCGCCUGGAUUUCGCCCGGCUACCAGUACCAGGGAGGACAGCAUGGGGUUUCCCAUGAAAGACGAUAGACGGCCCUCUGUGGCCAGUGCCACCACUGUGAGUAGCACUGGCUCCAAGUCGAGCAUGGGCAGAGGCUUCCACAAACGCCUGCAAAACGUAUUCGGAGAAGACUUCCCCGCCGAUGACCGUCAGAACUCGGACACGAGCUUGAACACGCAGCAGCGGAACCGUGGUAACUCCCUCAGUAACACCAUAGGUAGUAAGCAGCAGUCGCGCCCGACCUCACCUACCAGUUCACGGCCACGUACGCCGCAGGCAUCCUCGGAAGUCACGCCAUGGGAAUUUCAAGACUCAAAGGAUAUACCUACCCCAGGUGAGAAUGGAGGACGUCGCUCGUCCGAGCAACAUUCAGCCAAAUCGGGUCGAUCGCAUCACAAGCUGCACGUAAGGCUGCCUGGCACUGGCCACCGGCACAAGGGCAGCAAGGAGGAAAACAAGGCGCCAGAGGGUCGUGCAGACAUAAGCCAGUACCAGUUGCGCCCCACCACCAGCCGCGACGAUUCCUCGUACGGCGUUCGCUCGAACCAGCCUUCAGCCCUCAGCUCCGCGUUCGCCUCCAAGACUAGCCUUCUGGGACGACCCUCGAGCCCGACGCCAAGCUCAUACUCGGAUAUGACCAGAGAUGAGAGGAUAGCGCAGCGAUCACCCAGCACCAGCAAGACGUCACACGGCUUCUUCGCUCGUUUACGAGGCAAAGAUAAGGAUAAGUCGGAUCGCACACUGCCACAAGACAACCUCAAAAACUUGACUGCCGCUGGAACCGCCUCGGCUACCUCUCUGAAUCCCUCGAUCAACACUGCACGGCUCGCAAGACCAGAAGCGUCUCCGCAGAUCAACAUGGCAAAGCGGCAGGCGGCCAACAACGGUGUCGAAGCCCAAGGUAAGGAGCAGAGGAUGAGGGCUCCUCACCACCGCCUGCCUACCUUCCGGAAAGAUAAGCGCCCACCCGCCAGUGAGAAUACCGGACGUGAUCCCAACGAUACCAUCGCUAGUACGGCAGGCAACGAUGCCGUCUUCUUCCUAGACAGGAAUCUUGACGACAUGGAAGGCAUCGUGAACCCUGCUUCACAACAACCGCCUAUGACGCCGCCUGUAGGAGAAGUUCCAAAACAGCCACCAAAUCUCGGCGAAGAUAUCUCUAUACCAGGACCCGAUGACGACGGUACUGCAGCCUGGGAUGCGCCAGACUCUUGGGCCGUGAAGCGCAUGAAAGACGAGAUGGACAAGCUGGGAGACGCCGAGGAGGCCACAACACCUUCCAAAGAAGAGAGCGACAACAAGACAUACUGCCUGCGUAUCUUCAGAGUCGAUUCGACAUUUGCAACAUUAUCAGCCACCUUGAACACAACUGUACAAGAGAUCAUACAGAUACUGGGUAAAAAGACCGUGCUACAGGACGAACUGGACAAUUACCACAUUGUGAUGCGGAAACACGAUACCGCACGGCAACUGGAAAGUAAUGAGCGUCCACUGUUGAUUCAGAAGCGGUUGUUAGAACUCGCCGGAUACACCGAUCAGGAUCGCCUCGAAGAUGUUGGACGUGAGGAUAACAGUUACCUCUGCAGGUUCACCUUCCUUCCUGCUAAGAUGAGCGGAUACUCCAGUCUGGAACGGGAUCCCGGAUUCAGCAAGAUGCAGAAGUUCAGCCACAUUGAUCUUCAAGGUCGAAACCUAAUCACCAUACCCAUUACACUCUACCAGAAAGCGACUGAGAUAAUAUCACUCAACCUAUCGCGCAACCUGUCGCUUGACGUUCCCAGAGACUUCAUCCUUGCAUGCACCAACUUAAGGGAGAUUAAAUAUACCAGUAACGACGCCCGACGACUACCUCCCAGUCUAAGUCUUGCCAGCCGUUUGACUAUGUUGGACAUCUCAAAUAACCGUCUCCAAUCUCUUGACCGCGCCGAAUUGUACAAGCUGCAAAGUCUUCAAGGUCUUCGACUUUCCAACAACGGGCUGACCCGACUACCAAGAUACUUUGGAGAAUACCGUGCGCUUCGUAGUCUGAACCUGAGUUCGAAUUCCUUGAGCGAAUUCCCUGACUUUCUAUGCGAAGUCCGGACCCUGGUAGAUCUCGAUAUCAGCUUCAACUCGAUAUCGAGCUUACCCAGGAUCGGCCAACUGACAUGCUUAGAGAGGCUGUGGGCGACGAACAACAAGUUGACUGGUAGCUUCCCUUCAACACUGAGCAAUUUGGUCAACCUCCGAGAGAUUGAUGUGCGGUUUAACGCGCUUGAUAGUAUGGAUGUCAUGUCCCAAUUACCGCGACUGGAAUACCUGAUGAUCGGACACAACUCCAUUUCCGCUUUCGAAGGCUACUUUCCCAAGAUUCGUGUACUGCACAUGAACCAUAAUCCAGUCACACGUUUUGGGCUCAAUCAGGCAACACCAUCACUAUCCGUUCUUAACCUUGCAUCAGCCAAACUGGCACAAUUGCCCGAAGAUCUGUUCGGGAAAUUGACUGGUCUCACAAAGCUUAUCCUCGAUAAGAACCAUUUUACCUCCAUAUCGAAUAACAUCGGAAAGCUAUACAGGCUGGAACAUCUUAGUGUGGCCCGAAAUUCGUUGGAUGUAUUGCCUGCCGAGAUUGGUCGUUUGGUUGAGCUUCGCUAUCUAGAUGUACGCGAGAACAACCUGAACAAACUUCCCCAGGAACUCUGGUAUGCUCGGCGACUCGAGACACUGAAUGUUUCCUCCAACGUACUCGAAGCAUUCCCCAAGCCGGGUGCAUCACCUCCACAGGUAACCAACGGCGAUCAGUCUCAGGUAGAUGGAGCCUCUGCAACUGCCACACCAGGUUUGGCCUCAAGCCCCAGUUAUGAAGAGCUGGGAAAGCUGGAAGAUUUCCAAAACCGCCGUCCAAGCCAGGCAUCAGGAGGUCUUAGUGUUGGUGCGUCGUCUGCUUCUUCACAACGGAAGGGAUCCCAGGCAUCAUACAACACUGCGAGCACACGCAAGCCAUCAGUAGCGUCUCGUGCGCCCACUGAAGGGACACUGACCCCCGUGUCCCGCAAAGACUCCAGCCUUAGUAGCCGCUUGGUGACUACUUUCGCGGGCUCUCUUCGACAUGUGUUCCUGGCCGACAACCGGCUAAACGACGACGUAUUUGACGAACUAUGUCUACUUCCCGAGUUGCGAAUCGUCAAUCUGGCAUACAAUCUUAUCUACGACGUACCGCCUCGUACGAUCCGAAGAUGGCAACACCUCACUGAGCUGUACUUAUCGGGCAACGACUUGACAUCUCUCCCAGCAGAAGAUCUGGAGGAAGUUGGUUCGCUCAAGGUACUUCACAUCAACAACAACAAAUUCCAGGUCCUGCCAGCAGAACUUGGCAAGGUUGCGCAGUUGGCCGUUCUCGAUGUCGCCAGCAACUCGCUGAAGUACAAUGUGUCGAAUUGGCCAUAUGACUGGAAUUGGAAUUGGAACCACAAACUCCGCUACCUGAAUUUGUCGGGCAAUAAGCGUCUAGAGAUCAAACCUAGCGGCUCGUAUAGCGGAAGUGGCAUGAGCAUGCGAGAAGGGCGCGACCUUACCGACUUCAGCUCUUUGAUUAAUCUUCGAGUGCUUGGGCUUAUGGAUGUCACGAUGAUGGUUCCCUCGGUACCUGAGCAGUCAGAAGACCGGCGAGUGCGCACUGCUGGCUCGGCUGUCGGGACAAUGGCGUACGGUAUGGCUGAUUCGCUGGGUCGCAAUGAACACAUCUCGACUAUGGACAUGGUUGUACCCCGCUUCCGUAGUCAUGACGAUGAGCAGCUGCUGGGUCUGUUUGACGCACAACCGCUCGCUGGUGGUGGAGCUAAAAUCGCUAAGUACUUGUACGAUCACUUCAAGAACCGAUUCGCCAAUGAGCUCGAGCGUUUACAACCGACCGAAACGCCAUCGGAUGCCUUGCGACGAACUUACCUUGGUCUCAAUAAGGAACUGGCUACUGCCGCAAGCCAGGGUCUGGACAAAAACGGUCUCACUGCACCAUCGACACAAUCACGCAGCUCCAUGCCCGAUCUCAGCGAUGAUGACCUGACGUCUGGAAGCGUGGCAACAGUACUGUUUCUCAAAGAGAUGGAACUUUACAUCUCCAACGUUGGCGAUGCACAAGCCCUUCUGAUUCGUUCAGAAGGAGGACACAAGAUUCUUACCAGAAAACACGACCCUGCUGAGCCUGGUGAGAGGUCAAGGAUUCGAGAAGCCGGUGGAUUCGUCUCGCGACAGGGUAAACUCAACGAUGUCCUGGAGGUUUCGAGAGCAUUUGGUUACGUCCAAAUGUCCCCAUCGGUUAUCGCUUCACCACACAUCCUCAAUCUUACCCUUGGUGAUAGGGAUGAGAUGGUACUGAUAGCUUCUCGAGAGCUUUGGGACUAUCUCACUCCAGACUUCGCUGUCGAUGUCGCACGAUCAGAGCGCGACGACUUGAUGGUUGCUGCUCAGAAACUUCGCGACCUGGCCAUUGCUUUCGGCGCGACUAACAAGAUUAUGGUGAUGUUGCUUGGUGUCAGCGACCUCAAGAGCAAACAACGCGCUCGGUACCGCACUCAAAGUAUGUCUCUCAUACCUGCUCCCGGUGCAGAUCCCGAUUUUGCGGCAACGCGAAGACGUGGAAAGAAGGGCAACUUGGUUGGCGAUUCUAAGCUUGCUCGACUCGACAACGAGGUGGACGCACCAACAGGAGAAGUUAGUCUGGUAUUCACGGAUAUCAAAAACUCGACGAUACUCUGGGAGACGUACCCGAUUGCCAUGCGCUCCGCGAUCAAGAUGCACAACGAGCUCAUGCGCCGACAGCUGCGCAUCAUUGGUGGUUACGAAGUCAAGACGGAAGGUGAUGCCUUUAUGGUCGCUUUCCGUACUGUAACGUCAGCUUUGCUGUGGUGUUUCACAAUUCAGAGCCAGUUACUCGACGUGCAGUGGCCACAAGAGAUUCUCAACAGCGUCAACGGGCAAGAAGUCGUCGAUCCUGAUGGUAAUGUCAUCUUCCGAGGUCUCUCUGUCCGUAUGGGUAUCCACUGGGGCACACCAGUGUGCGAAGUCGAUCCAGUCACCAAGCGCAUGGAUUACUUCGGGCCCAUGGUCAAUCGCGCCUCGCGUAUCUCUUCCGUUGCCGACGGAGGCCAAAUCACCGUCUCGUCUGACUUCAUUGCUGAGAUCCAACGUCUACUCGAGACGCACAUUGAGGGCGAUCGUAAGAACUCCGCUGGAUCUGAAGAAGCAUACAGCGACGACAUGAACAGCCAGAUGAUUCGCGGCGAACUGCGGUCGCUCAGCUCUCAAGGUUUUGAGGUUAAAGACCUUGGUGAACGCCGCCUCAAGGGCCUUGAGAAUCCUGAAUACAUAUACCUCAUGUACCCCCACUCGCUCGCUAGUCGUCUUGCUGUUCAACGUCAAACAGAACAGAAGCCUGCGGAACAGCAAAAAGAGGCUGUUGUGGGUCAAAAGAUGGCGGGUAGUCAGCUCACCAUCGACACCGAAGACGUAUGGAAUCUCUGGAACAUUAGUCUGCGUCUAGAGAUGCUGUGCAGUUCACUUGAAAAUCCAGGGUGCUCAGAAUUGAAGCCGCCAGAGACGGCUCUCUUGGAGAGAAUGAGGAGUAGGGGCGGAGAGAUAACGGACCGAUUCUUGAUCAAUUUCGUGGAGCAUCAGAUCUCCAGAAUCGAGACUUGUGCCAGCACCCUUGCCCUACGUCACAUGGUAAGGCCAUUCGGCGCUGCGCCUUUACUUGAGCAAGCCUGCCAUAUGGGCGACAUCUUCUUAGAGCUAGAGGCGAAGCUCAAGCGACUAGAGGAAUUCGAACGUGGAGCUAUCGAAGGCAUGGCGCCAUCAUGA